AUGGCUGAUUCGUCCACCGGUUCCAGCAGCAGGCGUACUUCAUCUGUUGCUCCAAGUGAUGACACGUCUGACGUCCAGGAGAACUGUGGUGUGACCGUAAUGCAACCCAGCAAUGGGGUUGGCUGCAGGAAAUGGGACAAGAAACACUUCUGCUUUUACUGCGAUGUACCCCAGGCCAAGCUCCCCCGCAAUCUCCAGUUAUGUCACAGGGGAGAAAGAGAAGUCGUCGAGAUCGCCUGCGAGCUCAACGCUAGUUUGCAACAGGUUCUUAGUCCAAUGAAUAGAGAUGAUGUGGCUUUGGUAGUCAAGAAUGACACGUUGAUUGUUGAAUUAGCCAAGCGUGAAUACAUGAAACUAGGGCACGAUGUAGAUCAGCAUGGCUACAUCCGUAACAGGGCCGUGCACGAUAUUUCCGGCUUUAGGGAAGACAAGCAGUUGUACGAUGUUCUGUCACUAGCGCUGAAGAUUGGUCAUUCCAUCAAGAAGUGUGCACUCCUGAAAGGAAGUGCCCUAGAGUACGGUCAAAAACACAAAGCGGAGCGUGUGGAAGAGUUUCUGCAGGUCACGAAUUCGCUAAACGUACACACAGCACAGAUAUCUCGCUCGUUACACAAAGGAAAUAACAACUUUGGUGAAGAAUGCGUCAGGAAAUACGGGAAAGUCGUUGGAAUAUACAAAUUGCGCUCCCCGCUUCUCUACGUGUCGGAUAUAGGCAUCGUGAAAAAGGUUCUGGUUACCGACUUCAGUAAAUUUCCAAAUCAUUGGGACAUCCCAGCAUUAGGUUUCCCGCUGGACAAGGCUUUAACGUACAUGAAAGGUCAGCGAUGGAAAGACGCUCGUGCAAUCGUAACUGCGUCUUUCACGGCAAACAAGCUGAAGCAGAUGGUGGAUAUAUUCAACGACAUCUGUGACCCUCUACUUGAAAACAUCGAAAACGCCCACCUCCAAAACAAACCAAUCGACGCAAAGAAAGUCUUUUUGAGUUUCGUCCUGCAAAACAUCGUGGCGAUCACUCUGGGUUUGGACGUCUCGUGUCAAAAAAACCUUGACCAUCCGUUCGUGAGACGGAUCCAGAGAGCAUUCAACCCAACUUUGUUCACACUGAUCCCGAUACUUUUCCCGCCGCUUGGCCCACUUUUUGAACUGAUGGGAGCCAACAUAAUCCCAAAUGAGUCGGUUGAGUUCUUCAAGAAAGUCAUCCACCAGUCUCUUGAAGGAGGAGACAUGAUACAACAGUGUGGGGGCAAGGGUCACAACAAGUACACCGCCAUGAUUGAAGAAAUCUACAAAUACACCGACCUUCCGGACACUCUUCCACCUCCUGAGCAGACUGGUAAGCCGAAGAGACUCACCUACAAGGAGUUUCUGGGCGGGAGUGUUCUUGCGUUUGCUGCAAAUAACGAAGCAACUUCCACGAUCCUGACAUGCACCGCCUAUCAGCUUGCUCUGAGCCCCGAAGUCCAGGACAAACUGAUUGAAGAGAUCGACAGGAUUGCGCCUACCCCCGCCGACAUUAAGUACGACACGAUGAACAAAAUGAAGUAUAUGGAGACGGUGAUAUACGAGUGUUUUCGUCUGUAUCCCCCAGUGGUGUCAACUGACCGCGAAUGCUUGGAGACCGUGACGUAUGGCAAGUACACUCUGCCGAAGGGACUGGUGAUCCACAUCCCGGCUUAUUCAGUGCAACAUGACGAAGACGUUUGGCCAGAUCCAGAGAAAUUUCAUCCAGAGAGGUUCAGCCCCGAAAACAAAGCUUCCAUCGAACCGGUGGCAUGGCUUCCCUUCGGCGGUGGUCCGCGGACCUGUGUCGCCGUCAAAUUCAUCACACUCCUGAUAAAGGUCUUCUUGACCCGAGUCCUGCAGAAGUACCGUUUCGAAACCUGCCCCGAAACACCGAUCCCUCUGAAGAUGAAGAAGAUGACUAUGCUGGAACCGCAAGACGUCUACGUACGUGUGGUGCCAAAAGAACACCGUUAAACUCUGCCAUCAAACAGUGACUACUUUUCGUAUUGAAAAAUCUGGAGCAAAUUUCGUGGAUCUGAUCAGCUCAAAUUUGUUCAGCUUAUAAAUACCAGAUGCCCCACCUGCCAAAAUUUAAUUCGAUGCAUAUUGCUUCUGUUUAUUUUCUAGCUUUCCCCAUAGUGAAUGUAAGUUUGUAUAAUCUUUUGUUUCAUUUACUCAAAUUAACACAAGAGAAACGUUAUCCAAGUUACCCUGAUAUACGAUAAGGUUAUUAAAAGAGUUUAAAAUUCUUACGACCGUAGACAAGAUAAUAAAAGAAUAGUUUCGGCCUCAACUUUAAAUCAAAUGAUUAAACCUCAACAAUUACCUUUUAAAAGUUACAUUGAAAAAAUCCAACAACCUAUACAAGACGUUGUUAAAUUCUGGAAACGCAGAAAAACACAGACGAAUAUCGGUGCACCAUUUGGCAUUAUAGAAUUAGACUCCUGUUCGCCUCAUUUUCAAAAUACAUUGAGUACCUGCAGCAAUUUUACAGAGACACACUAGUAUGCACUUGUACUAUUUAAUAAAAUAAGACUUGUGUUGUGCUGGAUAACAAAUGUAGAUUUGUGAACCGUUGCUCUCAGAAAUUAAACACGCUACCACUGAGUACAACUUUUCAAAAUACACUUUCCAAAGUGGCUUUCUAAAUAAUCACAUUUUAUCUGAAGACAUUGCUGGUUUUCUCUUUCUGGCCAAGUUUUCAUUCGAAAAUACGUUUCAGAAUUAUUUUAAAGGAGCUUAGGUUUUUCAAAAAACCUUAACCACUGAUUUUAUCUUCUCAGAUUCAAUCUUAUCUCUAAAACGAUUGUUCUUAUAUUCCGAAAUUUAAGAUAAAUCUUAUUUCUGUUUCAUCAAAAAGGUUAAGAUCAGUAUCACUCUGACCUUUUCUCUGAAUCAUUCUUAACUUAAUUAUUGAUCCAAAUCAAAUGUAGAAAAACAUAAAUGAUCUCAAAGUUUGGCGUAAAACAGUAUCUUUCAAGUGUGCAUGUACGACCAAUUUUGUGCUUUAGAUUUAUGCCUACACUAGAAUAUCUCAAACUGCAUUAUUUUUCAUAAUUACAAAAAAUGAGAUAUUACAGUGAAAUACAAGUUCCUACCUUUUUACUCGUGCACAUUUCAAUCCUUUUUGUUUGGUUUAAUAUGUAUCCUCUUACUCUUGAGGUUAUUGCAUCGUUCAUGUGAAGUCUGAUCUCCAAGUUAGUCAUCUCUCUCUCUCU